CUGGAAUAUGAAAUAACUUUUUAUUCCAAAGAUCUGGCUAGAACACGACGUGACCGGGUCAUUUUAGAGCCACUGAUGCAUCUAAGGGUUAAUGAGGCUGACUCCUGAGCAGAGAGGGAAGCUGAGAGAUAAAGUUCAGAGGGAAACCAACCAGCAGAGAGCACAGCAGCCCAGAGAUAACUCCUACCAGCCAGUCAGUGGGUGUUCAGGCUCUUAUCAGCUCCACAAUUCACCACAGCUGCUCAGUGUUUCUGACAUUUCCAGGCUGGUAUUGUUGUUUAAUUAGUGCGUACUUGUUAAAUCACGGUGACUGUUUGCACAGCAGACUGAAUGAGUCGCGUUCAGACGCCUCAUGAGAGCGGUGGACAUGCAGCCUGCCUCGGUUUCAGCGGCCAACUGCUUGAACAGGAAGCUUAACUUUCUGUGGUUAGCAGAGCGUUGCAGAUCAGCCAGCUGCAAACAGGAAGCAUCGUUGGCGUGUCGUUGGCGUGUCGUCUGAGAGUUGCUGCUUUUGCCUGCGAGACGAGUCGCUCACACGUCGAGACUUCUCCUCAGAAAUGGCCCAGGGAAAGGAUCAGUCCUUCGCCAGCCGCUUAUUCCACAAAUAUCUAAAGAGUAGCCAGGAGCAUAGAGGACCAGAGAGCGAGCUUCCUCACAUCUCUGACUUCACCGUCAUGUGGGAUAAGUCCAUGAAAGAGUUCUUAGCUAAAGCCAAAGAAGAUUUUUUAAGAAAAUGGGAGUGUCCGCCACAGAGCACGACGUGUCUGGACGACUUCGACAGGUUCAAGACUCUGGGCACCGGCUCGUUUGGACGAGUGAUGCUGGUGAAACAUAAAGGAAGCAACCAGUUCUAUGCCAUGAAGAUCCUGGACAAACAAAAAGUGGUGAAGUUGAAGCAAAUAGAACACACACUAAAUGAAAAGAGAAUACUACAGGCCGUCUCCUUUCCCUUCCUCGUCAGAUUGGAGUACGCCUUCAAGGACAACUCAAACCUCUACAUGGUGAUGGAGUAUGUGCCCGGUGGAGAAAUGUUCUCGCACCUCAGACGCACCGGAAGGUUCAGUGAACACCAUGCACGAUUUUAUGCAGCUCAGAUCGUACUCACCUUCGAGUACCUUCACUCCUUAGACCUCAUCUACAGAGACCUAAAGCCUGAAAACCUGCUCAUAGAUCAGCAUGGAUACAUCCAGGUCACAGACUUUGGCUUUGCCAAAAGAGUAAAAGGACGAACCUGGACAUUGUGUGGAACUCCAGAGUACCUGGCUCCAGAGAUCAUCCUCAGCAAGGGCUACAACAAAGCUGUGGACUGGUGGGCACUUGGAGUUCUCAUCUAUGAGAUGGCUGCUGGUUACCCUCCUUUUUUUGCUGAUCAGCCAAUCCAGAUCUAUGAAAAGAUUGUGUCUGGAAAGGUACGAUUCCCCUCCCACUUUAGCUCCGACCUGAAGGAUCUGUUGAGGAACCUGCUUCAGGUCGACCUGACGAAGAGAUUCGGCAACCUGAAGAACGGCGUGAACGACAUAAAGAAUCACAAGUGGUUCUCCACAACGGACUGGAUUGCCAUCUAUGAGCGAAAGGUCGAAGCCCCCUUCUUGCCAAAGUGCAGAGGACCAGGAGACACGAGCAACUUCGACGACUAUGAAGAAGAGGACAUUCGCGUCUCACAAACGGAAAAGUGCGCGAAAGAGUUUGCGGAGUUCUAGCUGGAUGCGCUGCCGUGAUUCGGGAUAUUUGCACUCUUUGUCGAGGGUUUUAGGUGGAACCGAGGCCGUCACGAGCUCCAAACCAAGGCCUCGUUCCUUCAUUCCACACAGCUGAAACAGGUCCUUUUUGCCAUGAUCCUGCGUGCAGUUAGCACUAAUCUAUACACAGGCACAUUAUGCAGACACCCGUCGUGCUGCAACACAAAGUACUAGACCACGUCGUUUGUCCUUCUGUUGUCCAUGUUUCCAGUGUCCUCGCUCUCCCUCUUUGUUUGAGAAGCAACAUGAAUAUUACUCCCGUGUUUUCAAGCGGCACAAAGGGUGAUUGAUUGAUUUACUAGCUGGCGUUGCACAUGCUAUGAUUUAAGCUUUGGGAAACUGAAGGGAUCUUUGUUAAAUUUCACCGGUUAUCAGCCAUCUGUCCCACGCCUGAGUGUCUUUUAGGGUUCAGUUCAUCCGUCAUUAAUCAUGAACACUUUAAACAUAUUCAUUAUUCUGGCGUCCUUAAGACCCAGAACCGUGUAUUUGUGCGUAUAGACAUAAACAUAUAUGGGAUUUUAAAAGACUUUUUUUUUUGUUAAAGCAUGACCAAAAUUCAAACAAAGAAACUGGUGUUGAGUGAAAGGAAAGAGAUGAUUUCUUGCAGUUUUUCUUGUCAGCGCCAUGUUAGCUGAUCAAUUGUAGCAUCGUUUUGUUUGUUUUUUUCAUAUCUGAUCACAGGACAUUUCCUUUUUUACCUCAGUCUCGAUGUGGUAUUAAAUUAAUGGAAUGAAAUUAUAUAUAUUUUCAGGUACAACUCUGUUACAUGAGGAGCAAGUUUGUCAGUGACUGCACACAACUGAUUUCUGUUUUGGUACGUCCAAAAAAUAUAUAUAUAUCUAUACACUUAAGCCCCAACAUUAUUCAUACCCCUGUCAAAUACAAGGUUUUUUUCUGUUACACAUCAGUAUUUCACCUCAGAUUUGAUAUAUAUAGAAUACACAAGAAAGUUUGAAGCCACGACCAAUUUAUUUAAGAUAGCAAAUGUUCCAAGAUCCUUGAGGUUUUAGGGUUUCCGUGCCGUUUCUUCAGCUCCAUCCACAGGUUCUCGAUGGGGUUUAAAUCAGGACUCUGGCAUGAACGUCAUCGUCCUGGAACCAUUUCUUCAUCUCCUUGGCUAUCUGCUUCAGAUCAUUGUCCUGCUGAUCGGUCCAACACUCCCACAGGUUCAGGUUCUCUUCUGCCUGCUUGAGGUUUUCUUCCAGAAUCUUUAUCUACUGCUCAUUCCUCACAAUGCCUUCCACUUUAACCAAGUUGCAGAAAAGCAGCCCCACAGCAUGAUGCUUCCACCUCCAUGUUUCACAGUAGGGACCGUGUUCUUUAGCUUGUAGGCUUCGCCCUUCUUUGUCCAUGUGAAAGCCACAUUUCUGUGCUCAAAAAGCUCCAUUCUUGUUUCAUCUGGCCACAGAACAGAUGACCAGAAGCUUUCAUCUUCCUUAGGGACAUCUUUGCCAAGGCCAGAUGAGCUUUUCCAUGCUUUGGUUGCAGCAGGGUAGUCUUUCUUGGUCCAUAGAGACCAUUUUGGGGCAGCAUCCACUGGAGUGUAUUCCUUGAUGGACAGGGCAGCCUUGGUUUAGUCCUUGGAUUGAUUUCAACAUCUCGCUUGAUCUUUCUGGCGAGUGACCCUGCUGACUUCAACCAUGUCCUUUGAUGUUUUUCAUUGUUAGAAAUUUUUCUUGAUGAUACUUUGCACUAUUGCCACUGGCACCUGAAACUGUUUGACCGUUUUUUAUAUCUUUUCCUUUUUUGGCAUUUACAGUGUCAAGUCCUCACCGAUCUCUUUGGUCUUUUCCAUAACAAGUCUUGGAUUGACUUGAAAAUUACUGAAAUGUCACAAACAAGUUCACUUUUACAGUCAGAAAACUGGUUAAAAAACAAAAACUCAGAAACAUUGGAAACAAUAUUAAACACUUUAGACCGUUAGAGAGAAUGGUCUGUUUGAACAUCCGAUGGCUACGUUUUUGCAAUGGUCAGACAAGCUUUUACAUGCUUUGUUUGAAGCAGGGGGCCUUUCUUGGUCCAUAAAGACCAUUUUAGUGCACUGUCCGUCGCACUACUUCAUUCAUUAUCUUCAGGACAACCUUGAUAGUAGUCCUUAGAUUGUUUUCAAUGUCUCGCUUGAUCUUUCUGGCAAUUCCAGGUGACCCUACUGACUUCCGUCCUUUGUGGUUUGUGACUGUGUGAACUUUUUCUUCAUGAUACUUUGCACUGUUGCCACUGGCACCUGAAAUUUUUUGGCAGUUUUUUUGUACCCUUUACUUCCUUUUUGGCAUUUACAGUGUCAAGUCCUCACCGGACUUUUGGUCUUUGCCAUGGCAAGUCUUGGGUUGACUUGAAAAUGACUGAAACAUCACAAGCACGUCGACUUUUUAUAGUCAGAAGACUGUUUAAAAAACAGAACAAAAAUUGAAAAUGGUAUUAAAUGCGGGGCUGCACAGUACUGGUUAGCACUUUCGCCUUGCAGCAAGAAGAUCCCCGGUUCAAAUCCCGGGGUGGGUCUGGGCUCUUUCUGCAUGGAGUUUGCAUGUUCUCCCUGUGCAUGCGUGGGUUUUCUCCGGGUACUCCGGCUUCCUCCCACAGUCCAAAAAUAUGCUGAGGUUAAUUGGUUACUCUAAAUUGCCCGUAGGUGUGAAUGUGAGUCUGAUUGUUUGUCUGUAUAUGUAGCCCUGUGACAGACUAGUGACCUGUCCAGGGUGUCCCCUGCCUUCGCCCGAGUCAGCUGAGAUAGACUCCAGCACCCCCCACGACCCUAGUGAGGAUAAAGCGGUGUAUAGAGGAUGGAUGGAUGGUAUUAAAUGCUGUAGACCCUUAGAGAGAAUGGUUUGUUUAAACAUCCAAUGGCUCUCCGUCUUGGUAUCACUGGGGUAUGAAUAAUUUUGGGCUUCAGUGUAUAUAUACACGUAUGUACCGGUGCAUCGACACAACAUCCUCCAGUAGCUGAAAGGUCAGUUCGUUGGAUUAUUUUGAAGGUAUAUCAUGAGUGUGAAGCAGUGUUAGUCACUUGGACACACUUUUGCGCUGCUUUUUGAUUUAUUUUUUUAACCUGCUGGGUUUGAGCAGAGACGUCGUGUAACUGCCAUAUUUGUUUUUGUUUUUAUUUUUGCAUGUUUGUACAGCGGUGUGUCACAACAAGCUAAUAGUGCCGUACAAGUGUUCCCACGUUUUUGUUUUUGUUCUUUUUUUGGUCCGUUACUUUCACGUAGUCUGGGAUGUCGUAAUUUAAAUCUCAGCGACAUAAUCCCCUGAGAGCAAACCAUUUCAUUCAAUUAAUUUUUACUUUUAUAGCACCAAUUACAAUUCAGAUUGUCUCUAGAUGCUUUACAGAGCCCACAUGCCUGUAUGGUCUGAACCCUUUUGCUGUUAUGUUUGCCAUUUUCACCCUUGUGUCGGCUGAGUAGAGGAUCAAGGCUUUAAAAUUUCUCAUUAAUCUCAAUAGAACCUGAAAGCACCCCUUAAGAAUGAUCUAGUUUAGUAUUAUUAGCUUCUCUGUCAGUAAUAACACUGACAAAAAGAGGUAAAUAUACCACAAAAGACAAACUCUCCACCAAAAAGGUAGCAAUUACCACAAUAAUGCAAAAUGACCACAAAAAGGCAAAAACUACCGUAACCAGAUGCUAAAUUGGCACAACAAAAUGCAAAAUUCCACAAAAACACACAAAAUAACAACAGAAAGGUGCAAAAUUGCCACAAAAAUGGCCAAUACUACCACAAAAUGACCCCAAAUCAACACAAAAAUAAGUAAAUAUACCAAAAAAGGGACACAAAAUCUUCACCAAAAGGGUAAAAAUUACCACAAGGACUCAUUUGGUUCUUCAUCUCCAGAAACGUUAUUGAUCAGAGAUCUACCUUCGUACUGUGAAUAUUUCCAGAGUUCCAGGUCCUUGAAGUCCAUAGACAGUUUUUCAGUUGUUGGUAGGUCUACUCUAGAACUUUCUAAAGAGGACGUUCUCCUUUCUUGCUUCCAGUCUUUAAGUUUAGUCUCACUUAGAACAUUCAGACUUACACAUCCUUGAAGUCCAUAGAGGUGGAUCAAGAGUAGACCUACUGAUAACUGGAAAGUUGUUGGUAGGUCUACUCUAGAACUUUCUACAGGUGAUGUUCUCGUUUCAUACUUCCUGUCUUUAAGCUUAGUCUCACUUAGAACAUUCAGCUCUGGAGAGUUGCAAGUCCUUGAAGUCGAUAGAAGAGAAUGUCCUCUGUAGAAAGUUCAAGAGUAGACCUACCGAUAACUGGAAAAUUUUCGGUAGGUCCACUCUUGAACUUUCUACAGGGGACGUUUUCCUUUCUUGCGUCAGGUCUUUAAGUUUAGUUUCACUUAGAAUAUUUAUCUGGAGAGUUUCUGGUCCUUUAAGUCCGUAGAGGAGAACAUCCUCUGUAGAAAGUUCAAAAGUGUACUCUAGAACUUCCAAAUCCUCGAAGUCCAUAGAGAAAAAAGACAAACUGACUUGUCUUGGCUGAGUAGGCUUUAAAAUUUCUCAUUAAUCUCAAUGAAACCUAAAAGCACUCUUUAAGGAGGAUCUAGUUUAGUAUUAUUAGCUUUUCUAUUGGUAAUAACACUGUCUGCUCUAAAUUAGACCCAGAGAGACUUCUGAUUGUCCAUUUUGGGUAAUUUAACUAGUUUAUCAAUCAAACAGUCAAACUUGAUCUCAUUUUACUUCAUCAGAUGUGAUAAUUCGCUGUAUUUCUCAGGUUUUAAACCAAUAAUCCAACCUGAGGGUUAAUUUUAGGGUCACUUUUGAUGCCUGGAAACUUUAGAUUGGCAUUUUAGACUAAAUAAUGUAUUGUUGAUUAAUAAAGAUGACUCGAGAAGGGAGUUUAGUUUUCUGUCUGUUCGACUGAAUGUUCAAUUUGAUUUGAUUCAAGGGGUUUCGUACUGUAUCACUGCAAAAUGGGACUGUUUUUGUUGUUGUUUUUUGGGUUUGUUUUUAAAGCCUUUUAGUUACAGAAAUUGUUCACUCCAGCUGAAAACUGGGACUCUUUUUGAGAAGGAGAAAGUUCAGUUUAAUGGACAGUUACCACACUUUACGCAGUAGUAAUAGCAGCAAAAGUGAAAUAUCAUAACCGUAAAAGUAUUCAUUCAUCUCGGCCUCUGCUUGCUUUCUGCCGUUACAGCUUCUGGUCUCUUUGCAUCAUUUUCUAACCAACUUUGCACACUGUGACAGAACGAUAUUUACUCAUUCUUCUUUGCAAAAGUUGCUCAGAGCAAAUGGACAAAAAUGAGGAAAUGUUUUGAAGAACAUGUUGUUUUUCCCCUCCAGCCACUCCUGUUACGUUAUCGUCUAUGCAUAUUUAUUACGUUUUCUCCGGUCAGAAAAAUGUAGGAUUUAUGAGGGAUUUGUUUUUAUUCUGAGCUCCGUUGUUAAAGAAUCUGUGUGUCAAAUGUCAAACAACCCGCGAGGCCGCCGUGUCCACUUUCCUCUUCUUCCAGAUGUCAGUAAAAGUUCGGCGUCGGUGAACCUUUUAUUCCUUUUUAGCAGAGUUUGAGGUCAUUUCUGCAGGUUGGAAAUCAGAGUUUUUACAUUUAUUUAACGUGAUGCUCGAGGAAAAUGCAAUUUAAUCAAGUCCAACAAUCUUAAAGCAACCAAAUGUGAACAAGUCUUGGGGAUUGAAUGCUAUUUUUUCGGUACUACUGUACUGUUUCAUCAACUGAGCACAUUUUUAUUUUUAUCCCUGAUUUCAUUUCACAGGCACAACUGUUUCUUAUGCUGUUUUAUUUAUAUUCAGAGAUGUCUAAUAAAAUGUUUAAACCUGCAUAGUUCUCAUAUAUAAGAAGACUCCAAAUGUUUUAUUUGCAAAAAGUGUUAACGGUGAAUAUAUCCGAUUAUUUAUUUUUAUUUUUUCUUCAUUUGCCCGUACAAGAAUAAAACAUUUCUAGAAGUAAACACAGUUAAUGCACAUUGACGCCUCUAAUGCCUAUUUAAAAUUGUGACCUUUUUAUUUUAAAUUUUAUUUUCUGUUUUAUUUUCUCAUGAAAUUGAUUUCAUCGAAGGGAUUCCAACGCUGUUUUCCCUAGUUUGUAGCGUGAAGAGAAUGUAACUGCAAAAUCCACAAUGUUUUUGUUUGUUUGAUUUAUUUGGUCGGAUUUUGAAGACUCCACCUGGGGAUUUAGCAUGUUCCAGUCCAGACUGCCUGUGAGUGUAAAAACCUUCCCAGAAAUCAGCUCUUCUUACCAACCAUUCCCCCCACCAUGUGUGUAAUUUGUCAGAUUUGAUGUAAACGAUGGCACUUUUCCCCUCGUCACACACGCCAGUAAUGGGAUCAGUAAUAUGAAAUGUGUAUUUAGUUUGUGAAUUUUUUUUUUUUUGCACACCGUUUAGAAGGCUGACACCUUUUUGUUUUUGUUUUUCCCACCCAUAUUUACCUGUGUUUGCAAGGGGGAAUAUACUUUGCUGUAGCAGAUUUUAUGUAACAAAUGAUAUGUCACUAUAAUAAAUUCUUUUUAUUAAAAAAAAAGAAAAAAAUCA